AUGUCUUUUCGAUCAAACAACUCCGUUGUCAUCAUCGGCUCUGGCCCAGGCAUUGGUUCGCACACAGCCGCCAUCUUCGCUUCCAACCGAUUUAACAAGGUCGCCCUCGUGGCUAGAAAGCCUGCCCAGCUGGAGAAAGAUGCAGCUUUCGUGACUGCUGCAGCCCCAGGGCAGGUCGAAGUCAAGGCCUAUCCCACCGACAUCACCGACAGCAAAAGACUUGCAAACACUCUUGAGCAAAUCACCAAAGAUCUCGGCACCCCCGAGUUUGUCUUGUUCAACGCGGCCAUCAUUGCCGUGACUCCUCUGUUGGAGGUUGAUGACGAGAGCAUCCUCACGGACUUUAAAAUCUCCACCAUUGCUCUCCACAACACCGCCAAGUGGGCGAUUCCUCAAUUGGCUGCCUUGGCCAAGGAGGAUCCCUCCACUAAGCCGACUCUUAUGGUGACCAACUCUCAUCUUCCCGAGACGCCCUGGGAGGACCUCUUUUCUCUGUCUCUCACCAAGGCCUCUCAGAAGAAUCUGACUCUGUCCCUUCGACAAAAGUUUGGCCCCUUGGGCAUCCAUAUUUGCUUGUUGUCCGUUGCUGGAGGGGUUGCCGAUGAGAACCCUAACCUGAACAACAAGAACGUUGCGAACAAGGCUUGGGAGCUGUAUAGCCAGGAUAAGGGCGCUUGGACUCAGGAGAUUCGCAUUAACCCAUAA